GCGCAGUCUCGCACCUGCAGCUCGUGGAGUCUGAAAACGCGCAGCCCCUGCCCCACUUUGCAGGGGGCCCUUGGCAGCCACGCCAGUGGCCACCCAGCCGAGGACCUGGCCUCUGACCCACCCCUUCACCCCACUUUGUCCCAGUGUCUCUCCCUAGGGCCCGCUCUGGGUCUCUGGGCUCAGUGCCCCACGCUGACCUCCUGGGGUCUCUGCUCGGGACAGCACCUUUCUCUGGGCCGGGGAGCUGCAUCCACAUGGGAGAGACGAGGCGGGGUUCGCCUCAGCGCCCCGCUGCCGGCCCUCCAGCACUCUCCCUGCAGCUCAGUGGACAGGCUGGGCAAGAGCCCGACCCUGAGAGCUGUAGCUCGACCCUCCACUGUCCACUCUGUUCGGCUGUUGCCCUCUGCCCCGCCCUGGCCCCUCAGCGCUGUGGCAGGCUGCACUCGCGCUUCUACGAGCUGGCGCCCAACCUGGUCCCCAUGGACUACAGGAAGAGCCCCGUUGUCCAUGUGCCCAUGAGCCUCAUCAUCCAGAUGCCAGAGCUGCGGGAGAACCCCUUCAAGGAGAGGAUCGUGGCGGCCUUCUCCCAGGACGGCGAGGGCAACCUGACCUUCAACGACUUUGUGAACAUGUUCUCUGUGCUCUGCGAGUCGGCGCCGCGGGAGCUCAAGGCCAGCUACGCCUUCAAGAUCUACGACUUCAACACUGACAACUUCAUCUGCAAGGACGACCUGGGGCGGAUGCUGGCGCGGCUCACCAAGUCAGAGCUGGCCGAGGACGAGGUGGUGCUGGUGUGCGACAAGGUCAUUGAGGAGGCCGACCUGGACGGCGACGGCAAGCUGGGCUUCGCCGACUUCGAGGACAUGAUCGCCAAGGCCCCCGACUUCCUCAGCACUUUCCACAUCCGGAUCUGAGGACUCCGCGGUGGUCACAGGGCCAGAGCCCACUGCCCAGCUGCCUGCACCAGCGCGGCCCCUGGGUAGAUCCCCAUGGGCACUUCCUCGGCCCCUUCAGCAAAAAAUCCAUGACAGGCCCAGUGAUGAGCAGCCAGGACCUGCCCAGGCCCCGUGUCCAGCCACAGCCCGGCCGCCCCCGCCCCCGGCCCGUCCUCUCCCACCAGAGCUGCCGGUGAGGCGCGAACAGCACUGUCCGGUGGCCGAGAGCCUGGGCAGCUGCCUGCCCGGGCCCUGCCUGCUCUACUCUGGCUGCCGCCGGCCAGGUGGGGGUUCCGGCGCCCCCAUGCUGCCCUGCCCAGCCCACUCCACACGCCCUGCGGAGGCGUCUGGCAUCAGCUUUUAUUUCGAGGCGCGAGCAUGAGAGGGCGUGUCUGCCCCGGUCUGGCGGGGGGCCCUGGGAAGGACAGACAUGCCGGCUGGCACUGGCCGCUCCGUGGCCGCCAGCCAUCGGCCCCAUCCCCCUCUCAGCAGGCAGCGUCCCCACACCUGAAUGGGGGCGGGGAGGGGUCAGACCGCACACCUGCUGGUGCAGGGAGGGGGCAGCCUCCAGGCCCAGGGCUCCCCGCACUGUGGCACUGGGGCGUGACGGGGAGGGGGGGUGUGGGCUGGAGCUCAUGAGGGCCCUGGAGGCCGUAGCGGAGCGCAGACGAGGAUGGCUCCAAGGCUGCGCAGCUGGAGGAGACCGCGGGGGCAGGGACGGGCUGGGGCAUUCCCUGCCUCCCUCCCUGCGGGCAUGAGGAAGCCUUGGCCGGCCUCAGGCAAGGUCCACAGGGCCACGUCUCAGGGCGGGAUGGUGGGAGGCCGCCCCCCUCGGCCAGAUCCACACACUCGUCUCAGAAACGGGGUACAGCCCCCCCCCCCGCUGGCCUGGGGUGCUCUGGCGGGCGUGGCCUGGGGUGCUCUGGCGGGCGUGGCCUGGGGGCCAGGAGGCCAGUCUGGGUCAGCUCCAGGCCGGCGGGUCCAUGGUCAGAGGCACCUGCAGGCGGGUCCCGGCCCCAGAGUCCUCAGGGCUUGGGCUUCUUGUCGGUGAAGAAAAGCCUCCGGAGCCUGUCGGGCUGCGGCAGAGAGAAGGUGCUGGGCCUGGCCUAGCGGGGGCACUGCCCUGGGUCCGGCCCAGGAAAGGCCGAGCUCCCCCUGCCUCGCCUGCACGGAGCCCCGAGUCUGGACGGCCCCAGCACCCUGUCUUGCUGGGCCCUGGGCCCCAGCUCCGGGCUGGGUCGCACCUCGAGGCCGGGGGUGUGGGGCCUGAGCCUGUGGCUCUCAGGCUGGGCUGCUUUCCGGCAGGACCUGCGGCUCCCAGGCCCUGGGUGGGGGGAGGGGGGUGGAGGCCACCUUGCCCAGCUGAGCUCCCUUUCCGGGGUAGCCCGAGCGCCUGAGGCCCCUCCACUGGGGAGGAUCCACUGCUCAGGCCGGGGUCCCGGAGGCUGGGCACAGCACGGGGCUCAGGAGCGUCUGGGCAGCCUGGGGAGGCUCUACCCACCCCACCCCACCCCCAACUCCGCGUCCCUGCCCUUCCGAAUUGCAGCUGCGGAAGUCCCAGAGCCCUGGGGCGCCUGCAUGCCCCCUGGUGGCCGCCCUGGACACCCGAGACCAGCCCCUUCCACGUGAGAAGCAGGUCCAGCAGGGACGCAGGCAGAUGAGGGGCAGCUGCCUCAGGGUGCUAAGCUGGGAGCGCCCUGUGUGACUGGCUGGGGCCCGCUGAGCUUGGUGCCAGGAGCCGCCACUGAGGCCCAAGUGUUGUGCUCCCGGGCAGGGGUUUGCUGCCCGCAGGCUGGCCGUCCCCAGCCCCGCCCCUGGCGCUGCACCACCCACCUUGUGUGCCCGAGUGGACUCCUUGCUUCUGGUUGCUGGGAUCUGUUCAUAGGUGUCCCUGGGCUCCUGGGGCGCAGGGGCCUCCGAAACUCUCUCACAGCCACAGUCCGCAGGCUCGGGCAGCCUGCUGCACGUGCCACUGGCCCCAGGGUGGGGGGGCCUGAGGGCGCCGCCCCAGCAGGCCGGGAUCUGCUCGUAGGUGCAGCUGUCCCCUCCUUCCGGCUCGCCCCCAGCCGCCUGCGGGAGGCCCGCCGUCCUGGCCAGCCCGUGGGUGUCUGCACGGCCACCCCCAAAGCCCGGAUGAGCCCGGGGGCUCGGCUUCGGGGAGCCCUGGCUCCGAGCAGCCCCGGAGGCUCCCUGGGCCCCGGCACUGGGGGGCAGCAGGAGGCCCCAGGCAGUGGGAGACCCCACGGGGCCCUGGCCUCCCUCAGAGAGUCUCCUGAGUGGCUCCUGCCUGGGGGAGCGGGCUGGGCUGCUGGCUGGCCCUGGCCCGACCCUGCUGGACCCCUCAGGGCCCAGGCCCAGGCGGGCCUGCUUUAUCUUCCUCAGGUCUGCAUAGACGAUGUCGCCCGGGCUUCUGAAGGACUCCUCCAAAAGGGAGGCGCUCCUCUCGGGGAGCGGGGGCACUGUGGCGGGGGCCUGCGGGAGAGGACGACCCUCAGAGCCCUGCAGGCCAGGCGCCUCCAGGAAGCAGACAGGCUCCUCCGCGAGACCAGACCUGCAUGGCCUCAGUUUACCCAGCUGUUACGCUCAGGGCUGGCCUCAAGGCCCUCCUGGCCGCCCGCCCUCCUCCCAGGCGUACUCAGCCUGCUCUGUCCCCCAGGUGGCCCCUGUCCCCAGAGGCCCUGCACCUGCCCCUCAGCACCACUCCAAGUCACCGUGGGGCGCGGGCUUCGCUGCCCAGCCCGACAGGUGAGACCAGCCGGGGCCAGAGGGCUACUGCACCCUGGACGACAGGCCCAGCACCGCCAGCGUGGGGUCCGCAGGGCUCGCCCCGCCCCCGCCGGAGGAGCCGGCCCAGUCCCCGGCUGCCAGUGGCUGUGAGGACCUUCCAGUGGACAGCCCCUGCCCCCUCCCUCCGCACGCCCCAGUCCUCAGGCGGGAGCACGGCUCGGGCAGUUGCAGCCCCAGAGGAAGGCGGGGUGGGGCUGAGCCAGGGGCCGCCCACCAGGCCCAGGGCCCAGAGGGGUCCUCACCUCCACGCUCUCCUCCUUGGAGAGGCUCCAGGGACUGGCCUCGGCGCCCUUCUUUGUGUGAAGGAAGGAGACCUGGGGCUUUGGAGAGAGGCGGGGGCUGGCGCACGAGUCGGGCG